GCGAACCUUGCAAAGCGCGGGCGGCUGCGCGGCGGGGCGGUCGUGGGCUCCAGCACGCACCCGCUGCUGCGCUGUGCGUCCCGCGCCCUGACUUCAGGGCUCUGCUCUCUACGCGAUGGAGAAAUCAAUUAUUCUAUUGCUCUGGUUACAAUAUGUUGUUAAGAUCUCAAAAAGUUUCUGUGAUAUGCCAAUGAAUAAUCAAACAACAGCAGUUUUUAUUGAAUGGGAUGAAUUUCCUAAGGCAGGAAAUCCUGAAUUUUAUUUUUUAAAAUACCAACUUGUUAAUAAUUUUGCUGAAAAAAAUAUCAAAAGGAUUCUUGUAAACCCACAAGAGCUUUCAAAAUCAAUAACAUUAGAGGAAAAUGAAGACUAUCACAUCAUUCUACAGUCCAUAAAAUAUGGACAAAUUUUAAGUGAAAAGUCACUUAAAAUCCGUAGUUUCUCAACUAGCAAUAUUAAAACAGUAGUGACAAGCACGAGUGUUUCUUUUAAUUGGAGUUUGCUGUCUUCCAAUGACAUUUCAGUGUCAAUAUCUUUCAAUAAUUCUUCACAAAUUAUGCCAAAUAAUGUUACAGUUUAUGAGUGGGAUAAUUUAAAACCUAGAAGCCUAUAUGCUUUUAAAUUUGAAUUUAAACAGUUGUAUUUGGAUUUUAUAAAUAUAUUGCAGAGACUGGAUGUUCAAGUAGAAACAGGUUCAUGUUCACGAGGAUGGCUAGCAUUAAGAAACAGCUGUUACAAAAUUAGCAAAGAGAGUGUGCCAUGGAAUAUAGCCCAGCGACGCUGUAGGUUAUCCUUAAGUUCUGCACACCUUGUGGAUAUAAAAAAUGAAGAGGAAAAAAAAUUGAUAAUUUCACUUCUCAGGUCAAAAAAUCAAAUAAUAAUAUGGACAGGUCUUAACGACUUGAAGAAGGACGAUCAUCUCACAUGGAUAGAUGGAUCAUCUUUUGGCCUUAAGAAAAAUGAAACCUUUUCUUUUCCACUGCUACCCAAGAAUGAAACAGAUUGCUAUAUUUUGCAGCAAAAUGCAACUGGAUCAAACUAUUUCUUUACAAGAUUUUUCUGUUAUGUUCCACUGCCAUAUAUUUGCAAAUAUGAAUCACCUUCUCUGCAGGAAAACCUUUUGAUCCAUAUAAAGGAUGUUGGAACAACUGAAGUUGUAUUUGGUUGGCAUAAUUGGAAUGUUUGGAACACUUUGAAUAAGUGGCUAAAACUGGGAUAUAAAAUUAUCAUUAAGUAUUAUUUAGAUUAUACAGAAGAACAAUAUUUUGAAAGCAUAUCCCCAAAUACUACAGAAAAAACAAUUACCAAAUUGUUUCCUGGCCAUAUUUACAGAUUUUUACUCUUUGCAGUAAAUAAAUGGGAGGCAAGAACUAUGUUAAGUCCAGUAUUUAUUGUUGAAACACGCCCAUUAUCAGCUCAGAAUGUCACAGUGACUCUUUUGACCCCAACAGAAGUAUUUUUACACUGGAAUCCUCCAGAUCUUAUGUCUUUUCACCAUUAUCUUGUGACUAUUUUGGAUGUGGAAACCAGUAAAUCAGAAGAGGUGCUUGUUGAAAAAUUCAGCACAUCAGUGAAAAUUGGAGAUCUGAAAUCUUUCCAUCAUUAUCAGAUAUAUCUAUUCAGUGUUGGGGAAAGAGGAACUUUAAGCUGCUUUGAGAGACCUAUUUCAGCCGUUACAGGUAUUAAUCCUCCUCAGAAGGUUCACAUAAAACCUGAAGAUGUGGGAGAGGACAGUAUAAUUCUUCAGUGGGAAUCCCCACCAGAUGGCCACGAGGUCUACAUUCAAAUCAAACCCUCAUCAGAUAUAAGAGAAGUCCUGAAGCUUUUUGUAAGGAAUGCUAAUAGAUUAAAGAUUGAUAAUUUAACCCCUGGGAUGACAUAUGACAUUGGAAUGGCAACAGUGAUGAAUGGGAAUUUGAGUGAGCUGGUAACCAUUCAACAAACUCUAAGUGAGAAUCAAAUGUUUUUCAUUCAUAACAGAUAUCUGCUGAUUUGGGGCUAUUGUGGAACAUUCCCUGACACACCCCUCUGGUAGUAGGUUUUACCUUUUUAAGUAGAUUGUUGGUUGCUUAUCUAAUGGUAGCCCAGGACCUGGAGUGGUUUGCAUUCCUCUUCUCCCGAGAAUGCUUAAUGCAUGAAUUAAGGCAACGUUGUUUUUGAUUAGAAACUUGACCCUAAAGCCACAUCGCCUAGGUCUGAAUCUGGGCCAAACUAGUUGAGUGGCCCUGAGCAAUGUAUUCAACAUAUUUUUGCCUUAAUUUACCCAUUUCUAAAGUGGGAGAAAAUAAUGGUAUGUACAUAUUGAGUGGAUUUUCUUGAGACUAGCUGAUUUAAUAAAGGUGAACAGUGCCUGACACAUAGCUAUAUGAAUGUCUGUAAUUAUUAUUAUAAAGGCAUGCUGUUGCAACACACUGAAAGAAAAUACUGACAGUAUUUAAAAGGCUAAGGACCAAACCAACGACAAAUCUCCAUGUUCUUUCUCGAAUAAGGUUAAUUCAUGCAAUACGUAAUCAUUAAAAAUCUAAAAAAAAGAAAUUCAAAUAAAAAAUGCCAAAACAAAUCUAUUAAGGAAGGAGAAAGAAAAGAAAUGACAAGUAAAUAAAUAAUAUUUUUGGAUAUUUAUAAAUUGUGCUAAACAUUAGGAGGGGAAAAAGCAAUGUGGUGUGAUGUAACUGAAGAGGGGUGGGUGGUUCUGGGGUGUGGAUGGACUGUAAUGGGAGUUGCCUAAUGGAUGAGAAGGAGCCACAGUGUGAUCAGGUGGAUGAAGGGUGCGGUAGGCACUAACACCCAGUGUAAAGGCACAAAGGCUAUAAAACAGGGAAACGUUUGGUGUAUCUGAGACCAAAAAAGGCUGUAAUAUGCUGUGUCUAAUGAAGAGGGAGAAGAGGAAUAUGAAAUGAUAUUGCAGAGGUAUUCAGGGGUUAGAUCACAUAGAUCUUAUAGGCUGUGCUUUUGAGUUUGUUUUGAGGGGAAUGGGAAGCCAUUGAGAGUUUUAUUCAGGAGAGUGAUGGUGUGAGCUCCAUUACAAAAAUUCCCCCCUGAUUGUGUGCAAAGAAUGAUUUGUAAAGGGUCAGGGAUGGAAGUAGGACAGCUGGGUAAGAGUGUCCUAGAAUUUAGGGAAAAGAUUAUGGCGGGCAAGGAUGGGAAAGAGCAGAUAGAAAGUAGUAGAUAUAUUUUAUAGUGUGAAAGUAGGAAGUCUGAGCUUUGGUGGUGCAUGUGAGGAAUAAAGGAAGGGUUUUUUUGUUUGUUUGUUUUGUUUUUUUACUUGUAUCUGAUUUGGGUAGAAAGAGGUAACUCUGAGGAAGGAAAGAAGAUUAGACCUCACAGGCCUUUUUGGCUAAUAGUAGGGUAGCCUGAUGGGAAAAAUGACUUGGUCCAAAAAAUUAUGUACCAGUAGUGUCCACACUCAACCACAUCAAAUCUUACCAUUUUGUCUUCCAAAGACUAAAACUAAUGAAUCAUUGAAUACUACAUCAAAAACUAAUGAUGUACUAUAUGCUGGCUAACUGAAUUUAAUAAAAAAAAAGAAGACUAAAACUAAAUUUGUCUAUAGCACUUCCAUACUUAAAUUUCUGAGAAAAUGUACCUGAAGAUAAUUAUCAUAGGAAAAGAUUAGGAAAAAAGAAAACAUCUGAAAAAAAGAUAUUCCUAAAAAGAAAUAUUCCUAAGAAUAUAUAUUUCACGCCCAUCAAACAAACCCAAAAUUUUUAUUGGCAGAAUGGAAGUACUAAAAUUAAAACUUGUAGAUGGAAAAUGAACCAAUUAUUAACAAUAUGAGGUUAGAGUGUCCCCACAGUGUCUUGGUGCCUAAGUUUUCUCUCUAAAAAUUUAGAUCAUUGAAUACAUUUUUAAAUUGACUUCCAGCUCUAAAGUCCUAUUUUUUUCUUUGAGUUCAGGGAACUCAGGAGAUUUCAACCCUCUGCUAUCUAAAAUAUAAAAAUUUUAUCUCCCUUUCUAGAAAGUGAGCUUCUUUGAAAUCUUACUCAGCCUGGAAUCUCCAGGUGUCCAACAGUUCUUAACUCUGUUUAACUCAAACACAUUUGUAAAACUGCUCUCUAGCAUGCAAGCUGAAACAUGAUUAACAUAUAUAAAUCCUAGGAAAAAUGAUAGAAUUUGGGGGUUUGAAGUUAAGACAGAAAUCUUCUUGCCAAUGCUCCACCUGAUAUGUGAUUCCUAGCAUAGAGCCUCUCAUUAUUUUGUAAAUGCGUCCCUGUAAUUUUCCUCUAUUAUAAGACCAUGUUUGUUUUCCAGAAGCAUUACAAAGAGAGCAAAUCUACUCCCUGAUUCACAUGAAAGGACAUCAGUUGUUUGGAAAUAGCCAUUAGGUGUUCCUGGUUUCUACAGUUUCUUCCUUUCUGGUGAAUUGUCUUUAGUUUCUUCAAGCAUAACACUAUUUCUUAUAAUUCUAUUAGCUUUUCUAUUCUGUUCUUAACCUUAGAAGCACUACUGGCGCCAUCAGAUUAUUUAUCAUUCAUCAUUUUUAUUUGUCUCAGAUGAUAUAUAUUAACCUAUCCCAAGGUGCAUAAAUAGAAAUUAAUUCUCUGUAUGCAUCCAUUCAACAAACAUUUGUUGAUAACUGUUAUUUACCAUGUCCUAUUUCCCUUUCUUCCAUACAAUUUGAGAUGGUUAAAGCAUAGAGGGACAUUUACCUGUUAAUGACCUUUUGCAGACACAGAGAAGAAAAUGAAACUCACAUCUUCAUUGACUUCCCUUUUCUUUUUGAAACAUAUUUGUCCAUCGCUCUAAAUUAUCUUGAAAAUAACUAGCCAGAUUUGAUUUCCAGUUAUUAUUUUGGUGCACGUGAAUUGUAACAUGUGACCUUUGGGAGGAGGCAGUGCUUAGCAGCACAGACCUUGGGACUGGGUUGUCUCAGCUGGAAUUCCAGCUCCACGAUUAUCAGCUUAUACCCCCUGGAAAGUCCCUCAAGCUUUAUUGGCCCUCAGGUUCCUUCUCUCUAAAAUGGGAAUGAUGAUAAUCUUAUCUACUGUAUGAAAUUAAUAAAAUUUAAGGGCUCAGAGAAUUCUGAGAAUGUUUAUUAUUGUGACGAUUUUUAUUUUCUCAGUAGGACUGGACUGGUGGCUUUGGGGAGUGAAGAGCAUCCCUAGUGUUUCAACCACAGUAAAGCCGUUUGUUUAUAUAAUCUCUCAUUGUUGGAGGAAUUAAGUACUCCUUUCCUUGAGGGAGGGAGAGCUGGUAUUUGAGUCUCCUUCUUUCCCUCUCAGUAUAGAAGGAUAAAUAUUAAGACAGGCUGGAAAUCUGUGAGACUUCAUUCUUCCUUGCCUAUAAUAAAACCCUUUGAAUUUAGCCUUGUUCCAUUUAUCUUAUAUUGAAAGAAAAAAAAAAACCUCAUAUAGUCCCCACUGCUGCCACUCCUUUUAAAAGAUCUCUUUCAUGAGGAAGUGGAGAUGCAACGUGGAGAGUUUGGGGGAUAGGAAAAGAA